AUGGUCUGUACUCCUACAGGUCGCUUCAUUGCUUUAAGUAUCAUAAGGUUCGGAGGAGUGGGGUAUCACAUUGCAGGUCUUGCAGUUACAAACCCAGGCAAGAUCGUGAUUUGGAGCAAAUUGCUCUUCAGCACACCUUUGGUAUAUUCCUGGGCGGUUGCGUUUCCUAAACUUGCUAUACUUGCAAUGUUUCUUCGUAUAUUCACCAAAGGGUUUUAUCGCAACACGGUCAUGGUCCUUGCCACCGUUUCCAUAGCCCUUGCUUUUGCUGUCUCACUUGUCAGCAUUUUCGGGUGUACACCUGUUUCAUACUUCUGGGAUAAAGCGAUACCUAAUGGGCACUACAACUUUAAUCCGAAAGAUUUCUACUUGUGGGCGACUUUACCGAAUAUCAUCACUGAUGUCAUAAUGCUCAUCCUUCCCCAACCGAUGAUUUGGAAAUUACACGCAACACGCUCAGUAAAACUCGGAUUGAGCUUUACUUUUCUCACAGGUAGCGUAUCCGAUGCAGAGGACUAG